AUGGAGCACGCUCACAUAUCCCACGGGACUUCUCUAACUACAACGCCCACGCUGACGGAUGCUUCCAGCUCUCGGGAGCAUGGCGUCGAAAAAUCAGACAGCAGACUGACCCGGGCUUCUACUCGUCGGACACUGGAAAACUAUCAGACCAGACCGACGCAAGAUGCCUCAGACGUGCUGGAUUUGCCUUAUGAUAUCCUCAGCGAUGAGGCCGAUAUGAACGAAUAUUUAGAGGAGACUGUCACCGGUGUGAUUCCCAAGAAGACAAUAUCGAGAGUUAGUGGAAAGCUCGAGGAGCAUGAGUUGGUUACUUUCAAGAUUGGCGACCCGGAAAACCCAAAGAAUUGGUCUAAGCCUUACAAAUGGUGGUGCACCAUGACCGUGGCAUUCACUUGCUUUACCGUCGCCUUCAACAGCGCUGUCAUCACUGCCGACUUGGAAGGCGUCUCAGAAACGUUCCACGUGUCAGAGGAAGUAUCCCUCUUGACCAUCACCAUGUUCGUCAUUGGUUUUGGGGUCGGUCCCCUCGCAUUUGCACCCUUGUCAGAGCUCUAUGGUCGGAAGCCGGUCUAUAUCAUCACCUUGGCUCUUGCUGUCAUAUUCGAAAUCCCCUGCGCCGUGGCCCAGAACAUUGGGACACUGUUGGUCUGUCGUCUGAUUGACGGUAUUGCAUUCUCUGCACCCAUGACCCUCGUCGGCGGGACGUUGGCCGAUCUCUGGAAAAAUGAAGAGCGGGGCGUUCCCAUGGCCGUUUUCUCGGCGGCUCCCUUCAUCGGCCCUGCAAUCGGCCCCUUGGCAGGAGGCUACCUUGGUGACGCCGCUGGAUGGCGCUGGCUUUACUGGAUCCAAAUGAUCCUCGCCGGUCUCUGUCUGGCCAUCCUGACCUUUACGGUGCCAGAAACUUACACACCUGUCCUCUUGGCCAGAAGGGCGAAGAAAUUGCGUAAAGAGACGGGUGACAGCAAAUUCGUCACGGAACGGGACCUCGAUGCGCGCCCCUUGACACAACAACUGCGCAUUUUUCUCGUUCGGCCUCUGCAACUGCUUUUCCUCGAACCCAUCGUCCUUCUCAUCUCGUUGUACAUGUCGGUGCUCUACGGCCUCCUUUACAUGUUCUUCGUCGCGUACCCGAUCAUCUACGUUGAGGGUAAGGGUUGGUCUGAAGGUAGCACGGGUCUUAUGUUCAUUCCGCUGGCCCUCGGCGUCCUUCUUUCGGCCAUAUGUUCGCCGCUGGUCAACAAGCACUACCUAUCCAUCUGCGCCAAAUACCCCGACGGCAAGCCGCCGGCGGAAGCACGCCUCGUCCCCAUGAUGUUCUCCUGCUGGCUGAUUCCGGUUGGACUCUUCAUAUUCGGCUGGACCUCAUACCCGGACGUCUCGUACUGGGGACCCAUGAUGGGCGGCUUCCCCGUCGGCUUUGGGUUCAUCUUCCUGUAUAACUCGGCCAACAACUACCUCGUCGACACCUAUCAGCAUCUCGCCGCCUCAGCGCUCGCCGCCAAGACCUGCAUCCGGUCCUUCUGGGGCGCCAGCGUCGUGCUGUUCACCAUCCAGAUGUACCACACCUUGGGGUACCAGUGGGCGAGUUCGCUUCUGGCAUUCCUGGCUCUCGCGUGUUGCGCGAUCCCUUACGUCUUUUAUUUCUUCGGGGCGCGCAUCAGGCGGUUCAGUCGAUACGCCUACAAAGACGAGAACGAGGUUUCUCCUAUGAGAACGAAGAAGGAAGGGGAAGUCUAA